UUUAUUAUUAGUAAUUAAUUAAUAUUAAUAUAUCGUCACGACCCUCUAUCUCUCUCCGGCGGUUAUCCAUGUUCUCGCGCGCACUCCGUCUCUCUCCUUCCCUUAAUUCACUUAAUUAAUUAACAGGAGACGAGCGGUUGGGCGGGCAAUGAAGGGCAGGGGGAAGAGGAAGUUUUUCAAGUGCCUGGAACCGUCAGGUGUACACGACGGCGACUGUAAAUCUAACGGCGCCACCGACGACGCCGGUAAAUCUAAACGUUCCAAUAGCGGCGAUGCUUUUAAUGUGUUCCCACGGGAUUUUUCGUCGUCUUCCCACGACGGGGACUUCUCCAAAAAUACGGAAGCAAAAUCUCGUAGAAGCAUAUCUCGCCUCAUCAAAGCCAUCCUUUUCGAAACGUCGCUGUCACGGAAAUUUCAAAAGAAAGGGCUGUGUCUUCCAAUCUUAGAAUCAAAAGAUGAACAUUUAAUGUCAGAAGAAACAGAGAGGGCAAAAAUGUCGCCGGAGGAAAAGAGGUUGUCGGGAAAACAAUCAGAAGAUAUUCUGGGUGGGAGCCGUUCAUCGGACAAUAUGUGGGACUGUUCGUCCUUAUCCACGACCACGGCAUCCUCUUCCCGUGCAUCUUCGAGGUCAGCGUCGGACAGAAUUGGGAUAUUUGAGCCGGCGGGGAAACACCCGACAACCUUAAACGAAGAGGCGGCGGCGGCUUCCAUGAUGAAGGCGGCCAACAUACCUCCGAUUUUGAAACCACCGAAAUCGACGGCGGAAGGGAAGGAGCAACCGCAUGUUCCAAAACACGCGGCAGCGGCGGCGAUGCGUUAUUGUUGCUGCCCCAAAAGUAGUAGCCGGGGAAGCGUACGAGUAAUCUGUUUUGUGAUAAUAUCUUUGAUGGCGUUGGUGUUUGGGGGGAAAGUUUUGGCCAUUGUUUUCACUUCAAUUUGGCUGUAUUUGGUUCCCCAUCCUUCGUUCGGCCAGCGGUCACUGCAGCCUCACUCCGCCGUCGACGACGGAGUCGUGUCCAAAGAAACCACCGCAAGUCGAUCGGUCUUUGUCCACACCCUUAAUUAAUUAGUCGUUGACUCAUUGUUAGGUUUUUGUUUUACAUUUUUCUUAAUCCUUGCUAGCUGAUGAAAAUUCCCUUUAAUAGCACACUUGCUUUCGUCUUACUUUGCAUGCAAUUAAUAUUGAUUUUUCAAGAUGCAACUAUAUAUUGGUACCAAAAAGCAUAGUCACAC